AUGUCUCCUACUUUUAACAAUCCUUUCAAUUCUGGUUAUAAUUUCAUCCACAGCCUACACAAUUACAACAGUGACAUGACACCUCUCAAGGAACAGUUUUUCAAAAGUUUGAUUGAAUUAAACAUGCAAAAUAAAGAUGAAAGAGAAAGGAAAGAAUUACUCUUAAACAAAACAAUUCAACAAUUAGAAGGGUGUACAAAAGCCUACAAUCCACAGUUCACAACAUUAUCUAACUGCAAUGAACUAAGUGAUACCAUCCCAUACUAUAAACUGGUUGAAAAGAAUUCAGUUCUAUCUAAUGAUAACAAUGGUGAUAUAUCAGAUGAGCUACAAACAUCAAUUAGUGAAGCUCCUUUUUAUGAUUUUGUUGGCCUUGAAAAAUUAUCUCAGUAUGAAACCAAAGAGCACAUUCCCUGUUCAAAUAACAAAAUAGUCAUGCAAAAAGUGGAUUCCGUAAAUCAGAUAAACAUUUUCUUAAACUGGAUAUUUGAGUCAAGCGGCUGGAUCCUAAGAAAUCCUGGAAAUCAAAUAGUAAUCAGCAAACUGUUUUCUAAAGCAUUCUGUCCAUUGGUUGAAAAACUUAUUAACUGGGUUUUUCGAAUCCCAAGUUUUAUCAGCUUGUGCAAGCAAGACCAGAAAGUUCUGUUUUCUCAGACAUGGAUCAAUUUGCUUUUGUUAAUCUGGUUGGAAAGUUACCAGCAACUACAAAUCAACUGGAAUUUGGCUGUUUCUAAAUGUCAAUUUUCUGAAGACUCUUUUAGCCCACCAAUGGAGUUAUUGAACAAUACCGAAGUAUUCAGCCUGAUAUCACUGAAUUAA